AUGUGCAAGGCAACUAAAGAUACUGAUCAAGUCUCUCAGCCACUGAAGGUUUACUUGAGAGUGAGACCCUUUUCAAAGGCAGAACUUGCAAGUAAUGAAUCUCAGGACUGUAUAGUAAUUGAAAAUGAAGAAACUGUAUCUCUUCAAGCACCUAAAGACUCUUCUGCAAUGAAAAAUUGUGAAAGGGGUAUUGGGCAGGCUGUACACAAGUUUACCUUUACUCAGAUCUUUGGACCUGAAACAAAACAGGCAGAUUUCUUUGAUGGGACCAUGAGGGACGUAGUAAAUGCUUUUGUUACUGGGCAGAAUGGUCUUGUGUUCACAUAUGGGGUGACCAAUGCUGGUAAAACGUUUACAAUUCAAGGUAGCCCAAAAGAUGGCGGUAUACUACCCAGGUCACUAGAUGUCAUUUUCAACCAUAUUGGAGGCAGACAUUACCCAAAGAUGAACUUAAAGCCCUAUCUUAGCAGUGAUGUCAUGAAACUAGAUGCUGCCCAGAUCAAACAAGAAGAAGCCAUGAAAGCUUCUUUACUCUCUUUAAAAGAGGUAAGUGUUGAUGAACGUGGGAUGAGAACUGUUAACAGCUCCAGUAACUUGUAUCGAAAUCUAUCAACCUCUUUGGAGAGAGUUUCAUCCAAGGGCUCAAUGUGUGCAUCGCUUAAUGGGGAUGAAAAAAAUGCCCAUCAGUUCUCGGCUUGGGUGUCCUUUUUUGAAAUCUAUAAUGAGUACAUUUAUGACUUGCUAGACCAGUUCCCAUCAUCAAAAAAUCAGAAGCGAAACACUUUAAAAAUCUGUGAUGACCAGUCUGGCUCUUCUUAUGUAAAAGAUUUGAAGUGGGUUAACAUCAAUAGCACUGCAGAAGCCUGCAAAAUAUUGCAUUUUGGAAACAAAAAUAGAAGUUUGGCAUCUACACGAAUGAACCAACAGUCAAGUAGAAGCCACAGUAUAUUUACCAUCCGUCUUCUUAAACUAAGUGCUGAGGAUGAUCCAAGUGUUCUUGGUGUGUCAGAAAUUUCUCUCUGCGAUUUGGCUGGAUCUGAACGUUGCAAUAAAACACAAACAGUUGGCGACCGAUUAAAAGAAGCUGGUAACAUCAAUAAUUCGCUUCUCAUACUUGGCAAGUGUAUUGGUGCUCUGAAGCAAAGUCAGAAUCCCAAAAAGACCAACUAUGUCCCUUUCAGAGAGAGCAAACUGACUCGUCUUUUCCAGCCUUUCUUUUGUGGUAGAGGCAAAGCUUGCAUGAUUGUGAAUAUUAAUCAGUGCGCUUCUACUUACGAUGAAACACUACACGUCAUGAAAUUUUCUGCAGUUGCUAAGCAAGUUGUUCAAGUGAUUCAACCCAGAAACUUUGAUUUCAUGGGCCCAAGAAUAGUUGGAAAAGAUGGAAAGGCCAUUCUAGAGAUUGAAGGGAAUCUGUCUAUUGAUGAACUUCUGUCUGAGGAUGAAGAGGAAAUUGAUGUUUCCAUCUUAAGUGCAGAUGAUCUACUAAAUAAAAUUGAAAGCUUAAGAGAUAAGUUAAUUGCUGAACGACAGAAUAAACUGGUUCUAGAACUGCAAAUAAGGAAAGAAAUGGGGGAAGCAAUGUAUCAGCAGAUGGUGGAUCUAGAUGAAACAUGGAGUAAACGUUUUGAAGAUCUAAAGGACACCUAUGAUGAGCAGUUGGAGAGUAGGCUAGAAAUGUAUAGAAAGGCAAUAAAGAACCAUGCCUAUCGUCAAGCAAUGGAAGACCUAGAGGAUAAUUAUGUCCCAUUAGAAGAAUUCCAACUUGAACAGGAAAAGGUUGAGGUUAGAGAGAGCAGAAUAAAAGAAUUGGAAAUGGCGCUUUCUAUAAUGAAAAACAGAGGUGAAUCUGAUGAAACUUAUCCAGAAUUUAUUACCACUUCAAGUACCUUGGAUGCGUUAUCUAGGAAAUGUCAGGAGAAGGAUAAGAUAAUCUCCACUCUAAAUGCUCAAAUUCAGACCAUGAAAGACACAGCUGCAUUAAAUGUAAAACAAUUCAAUGAUGAAAAUGAGAUGUUGAGGCAGCAUCUUAAGUUAAAGGAUCAGGAAGUGAAAGGCCUGCAGAGUAUAGCAGAACGUGCUCUUUUGCUUGAGGCUUCCGUAGCAGAUCUGCAGGAGGAACUUGAAAAAAGUCGAAAUCUCUUGUCUUCUACGGAUGGUUAUCAACCCAAACCUAAGAGAGGUUUGUUUUCUAAUCUUAAACUCACAAUGUCACCUGCUUCUAAGAACAAGAGCAAAUCCACUGAGAAGCAUGAAGAGACUCCGGCCACAACAAAAAGGUCACUGCGCUUUCGUAAAUAA